UGCAAGAAAAAUCACCCUCAAUCAACAGCAAACAUAGCAUAAAAAUUAAGUGAUUUAUAGUCCUCAAAGUUCAUACACAUAUUUCAAUCAUGAAAAGUGUUCCUUUUCUUCUCACACUCACUGCCUUGGCCUUGGCAAGCUUCAUAGCCUCUGCCUCUGACCCAAGCCCUCUCCAAGAUUUUUGUGUGGCAGUAGAUGAACCCCACAAAGCAUUGUUUGUGAAUGGCAAAUUUUGCAAGGAUCCCAAGCUUGCUAAGGCUGAAGAUUUUUUCUUCUCUGGGCUCAACGUUCCAAGAGACACAAAUAACCCAGUUGGAUCUAAUGUGACACAAGUGAAUGUGGACUUAAUUCCAGGAUUGAACACUCUCGGAAUAACAUUGGCUCGCAUUGAUUAUGCACCAUAUGGUCAAAAUCCACCUCACACUCAUCCUCGUGGCUCUGAAAUCCUAGUAGUAGCUAAGGGAACUCUGUAUGUGGGAUUUGUAUCAUCAAACCAAGACGGAAACCGAUUGUUUACAAAGGUUUUGAAAGAGGGAGAUGUGUUUGUGUUCCCAAUAGGUAUGAUUCACUUUCAGUUCAAUCCAAGACACGUUCCAGCAGUUGCAUUUGCAGGUCUAAGCAGCCAAAAUGCAGGAACAAUAACCAUUGCAAACUCAGUGUUUGGGUCAGAUCCCGCCAUUAAUCCUGAUGUGCUUGCCAAGGCUUUUCAAGUUGAUAAGAACGUGAUUGACAAGCUCCAGAAGCAGUUUUGGUUUGGCAAUGACAACUAAACAAAAUAUACUAAAAAAGAAGAUUGAAUCCACAAAUGAAUAAAUCAUUAUAUUUACUAUUUUUUUUUCUCAUGUAUUAAUAAUAAAUAGUAUACGCUAUUUUAUCUGUAUUGCUUCAAUUUAUUUGGAAAACCGCCAUUAAAUCUAAUUUAUCUAUUUAUUUUACUACAUUAAUAAAAUCAUGUAUUGUUAAUAACAUUUUUAUUAUGAUCAUUUGACUCAAUUUUUGUAUUUAUA